UAUUCUGCAGUUUAGCCGCUUGUUUGAACCAACUUUGGGAUUCUGAUGUACCUGUAAUCAUUUCAAUGGGAAACAUGAACAGGAUAUUGAUGACCUUUUGCUUGCUUUGGCCUCCAUGGGGUUUGAACUUGAAGACUGUCAGAUGGCUCUAGAAGCAGGCAAUAACACUUUGGAAUCUGCAGUAGAAUGGUUGGUAGCAAGAAGAUCAAAUCCAAGCAAUUGUGUUUCUAAACCUGGUCCUGACCCAACUGUUGAACUCAAGGUUUCUUGUGAAGAAGCCUCUAGUGCACCAAGUGAUAUGACUCAGUUGUUGUCCACUUUGUCAAGCCGCUAUACAGUGAGUGAGGAACAUCAAAAAGCUAAGGAACAGUUUAUAGAAAAGGAGAGAGAAACUGCAAGGAUGGAAGCCAAGAGGAGAAAACUAAUGGAGAAACGAGCACGUCAGGAAGUUCUUCAGCAAAUAGCUGCAGACAAAGUCAGUAGGCAUCAUAAGAAACCAAAAUCAACUGGACACCUCAUGAUGAGUCAGACAACAAAUAAAAGCAGGGAGCCUAAUGAAAGCUCAAAACAAAAAAAACAGUGUUUGAUUCAGAUAAGAAGUCCAUCUGGUCAAGUGCAAAGGCAGACAUUUCCCUCAGAUGCCAAACUCCAAGAUGUUGUGAUGUUCAUCUGUAUCCAGUACAAUCUAAAUUCUGCCAGCUUUGAACUUUUGCAGCCAUUUCCACACAGGUUGUUUAGAGCCACUGAAAUGGAUUGCACAUUAGUUGACCUUGGGCUAAGUCAUGGUGGUUCCCUUGUGGUAAAGAAGACAAAUCCUCCUCAGGUGUCCUCCACAUCCAGUGAGGGCCUUGCUGAGGUAAAUCCUGAAAAUUCUUUUGAAGCAACACCGGGCAAGAGAAAUGGACUUAAAGAUACUAACAGACUGCCAUCAGACUCUGAUCCUGACCGGCAAGAUGCCAACUGCUCUCAUGGAAAUGACAAUAGAGUUGACAUUGAUAAUGUUGAUGAUGAGGGACAGGACAUGGCUCCUCCAUUGUUUGACAGAAGUCCUCCUCCAGAGUUAGAUGAUGCAAUCAGAGCGCCUUUACAAGGACUGAAUCCAAAUGUCCUCGGUAUUGGAGGAAUGCAGAAUUUCCCUGUGAGAGGUGGUGGUGGUCAUUUGUGGGGGGAGGGGGUAAGGCUUGGUGCUGUGGAACAUAAUCCACAUUCUAUAGAUCCGGUGUUAAGGGCGCAAACCCCAGGGAACCCAGGAGAGUCUGCCGCUAAGAGGUUGGAGAUGAGAGAACAACAAAAGAUGCAACCAGAAGCAGGUCUCAGUAGAGUAAGUCAAGAGGAAUUGCCAGUUUUACAUCGUGAGGUUCAGCGUCUGGAGGACUUGUGCAUCAACCACAUCAGCCACCGUCUCCCUGGAAAUCAGAGCCCCCUUGCAUCCCUUGGCAUUUUGCCACAUGGCCUGUGUGACAGGAUUAUGACUCAUCUGAUGAAAAUCAAAGCUCUCACACCAAAGACAAUGCAGGCUUUCAUACCCUGUGGGCUGCGGCAUGUGAAACUAGAUUGCUAUUCAUUGGUGACAAAUGAACUUCUGACAGCACUCAGACUACACAGAAAUCUUACUCAUCUCAGCUUGAAAUCUUGCCCUCUAAUAACAGACAAAGCAUUGGAAGCUGUUGGAGUCCUUAAGAGGUUAAAGUCUCUUAAUCUUAGCCAAUGCUCUCAGCUCACAGACAAGUGCUUUUUCCACAUAAAAGGACUUUCUUCACUAAUUACAUUACAGAUGGACAUGACAAAAACAACUGACAGAGGUGUUUGCCAUUUUCUGGAGAAUGCUGCAUCAUGUCCCAACUUAGUCAAUUUCAGUCUUUGUGGCACGGCCAUCACAGAUAACAGCUUAGCUGCAAUGUCUGGUCUCAAAGCCCUGAAGAUUCUUGCUGUUAGUAAUACAAAGAUCUCAUCUCUAGAGGUUGUUCAACACCUUCAUCUGUUGGAGAAUUUGAAUGUUUCACACUGUUCUAUAUUACGUGAUGACAGUUUGACAGCUCUGGAAAAUCAUCCAUCACUUUUGUCUCUCAAUUUACUCUCAUCAAAUAUCUCCAACAAUGGACUCCGUCAUUUGCAAGGUCUGAAGUUGUCAACUUUAAAACUACCAAACAGAUUGACUAUCACAGAUGAAGGGCUAUGCAAUAUUCAAGGCCUCUCGUUAGUAUCACUUGACUUGUCAGAUUACAUUCAUGUUACAGACCUUGGUGUCCACUCAAUAGCAAACAUGACAAGACUAACACAGUUGUCACUUAGCAAUACCAAACUGACAGAUGAAGGAAUGAAAAGUCUUGCAGCUCUGAGGGAACUUGAAGAACUGGCUUUAGAUAGAACAGCGAUAACUGACGAAGGUUGUACAGUUCUAUCAAAUUUCCAGCAACUUAGGAUUCUUGGUUUGUCGUCAACAAGAAUAAGCAACAAGCUUCUGUUAAAUGGAGCAUUAAACCACUGCAAGGUUCUUUCAAAACUGAACCUGAGUAGAACCAGAGUGUCAAACAAAAGAUUGUCCAACCUUGUUCUGCCAUUACUAAGUCAAGUCAACCUAGAUUGGACAAGAGUGACUAGUGAUUGCCUUACACUUCUCACAGGUUGUCCUUCAUUGAAAGCCUUGAGAACAAACAAUUGCACUCCUCCAUCACCAGAUUCUGAAGAUUCAGAUGAUGAGCAGGAACAACAAUAAUUACUUUUUGGUUGAUGAGAUGAAGUAUAAAGGGGGAAAAAUUCAACUUUUUUUUGCUGUGCUCCUACACUGAGCAAAACGCUCUGUUUGGAUUGCAAAAUAUUCUGUGGGAUCUCACUUCCAUCAUUUGUUUUUUAAAAUCAAGAGAAAUGAGGAAUUUUCAUUUUAAAGUUUCAGGCCGCUAAAAACCACAGACUUCAUCCACGGCAAAUGUUGUUCAGUAUGUUUAGUCAAGAUCACAAAUUAAAAGUUGAAAAAUUUGUCUAAAUUAUAAUUAUGUUGAAGUUCUGUGGCAUUUGGUGUUUUCCUAAGGGAUCAAAGUCAAUUCAGAAAAAAUAAUUAUUGUAGUUGUAUAUUUUCAAAGUGGCAGAAUUGAAGAAGUCAAUAAACUUAAACAUGUUACUUUUU